AUUAUUAAUAAUGAAAUAACUCAAACGAUUCUCUCACAUUAAUCCACUGCACCCUUUUGUACAGAAAACACCGUGUUAGCCCAAUUUUCUGCACUUUCAAUCAUAACAACAAACAAUUGUUUCAUUUCAACAGCAGCAACCAGCAUAAUCAUGAGGGUUUGAUUCGAAUUGGAAACAAGUUAUAUUUAAAGAGAUCUAAAUCAUUUCAACAACAAGAACAAAAUGUCCCCUUUUGAUUCUUCUCCUCAAACAAGUCACAGCAACAACACUAGUCCAAGUGGUGGUGAUGUGUUGUUGAAAUGGGGUAAAAGAAAGAGAUCAAGAGUUUCUAGAACUCUCAUUGAAGAUUCAUCAUCUUCUGUUCAUUUUCAUGCUAAGUUUUCCUCUUCAUCCAUGCCUCCUCCACCACCUCUUGUUUCUUCUUCUACUACCUCCAAUGCUAGAGUUAGAAAACAUGAUAAUAACCCUAGGAAUUUGGAAGAUUCUUCAGAAGCUUCAAGAAUGAGUUCAAUUGUUUCUAGAUCUGCAGAACAAAAAGCAUCUGUUUCAUGUAUUGAAAGAAGUAACAGAAACAGAAGAGUUUCUUCUUCAAAUUCAGGAGCAAAGUGUAAUAAGAAGAAGCGAAAUGGAUCUUCAACAACAGAAGCCGGGGAGAGAUUGAAUUGUCAUGAUGAUAGUAAAGGAGAGAAAGUUAGUGUUAAGGGAAUUGAAUGGCCAAAGAUAUACAUUGCUCUUUCGAAAAAAGAGAAAGAAGAUGAUUUUCUUGCAAUGAAAGGGACGAAAAUAUCUCAAAGGCCGAAGAAGAGAGCAAAGAACAUUGAUAGAACUCUUCAGUGUUGUUUUCCUGGGAUGUGGCUACCAGAUCUAACAAAGAGUAGAUAUGAAGUUAGGGAGAAGAAAUCUGUCAAGAAGCAAAAGUGUAGCAGAGGGUUGAAAGGAAUGGAAAGUUUGGAAAGUGACUCAGAGUAACAAGCAAGCACAUAAUUUAAUUUUUCAAUCAAAGCUUGGUUGGUGAGAAGUGAAAACUCAUAAAACAAAAAUUGAAUUUUCUCUUUAAGAAAACAGAACCAAAAAAGUGUGUGACAUUAGUUAAAGUAGAUUUAAUUGAGUCCCUUCUCUUCAUUACAAAUGGUAUGGUUUUACUGUAUUGUAUAGAGAUUAUUAUUUUAUUUUUUUUAUUCAAAUUUUGAUUAUAUUUGAAGCUCUGAAGACCAAUUCAUUCAUAUAUGUGGGACCCUAUUGUUUGGGAAUGUCAGUAUGAAGGGGGAAAAGGAUUCUCUGCAGAGGGAACAGUGGAAAUUUAAUAUUUUAGUGUGGUAUGGAUUUAUAAAUUCAUUUUACUCAGCA